AGUGCUAAAAUGCACUAUAAAUACACAAAGAAAUUUGGCGAGAUCAAGAUCUCAAUUUCUGUUAUAAUUUAAUAAAUAAAGUUUAGUCAAAAUAUAUAAUGUUAGUUAAGCCUAAAAGUCAUCAACAUCUAUUUGUUUAUAAAAGGGCAAUUCAUACAAUUGAAGAGAAUGAGAAGGAGGUAAUUAGAUAAUGAGAGCAUUAUAAGUUUAAAAUUCAGGUUCUUUGUUAAAGUUUAAUUCAUAAACUAGAAAAAUUGA